CGUUCGGGAAAACGUGUAGCUCGCGUGAGCUGCGAUAAUCGUCGCUUUCGUUCGCUUUCGCCACGACAGGUGCGCAUGAUCGUGGUGUGUGCGUAUAUAUGUGUGUAAGAAUCUUCGCUGGCGGGUAGCGCGUAAAGUGCGAUUCAGCGUCGAGGAGUGCCCGCGUAAGUAACGGAAAAUAUACUUCAUUCAAUUUAAAUCUCGAAUGGACAUCUCUACGAAGUGAGGAACAGGCAGGGAGCAGGAAAUAAUACGAUCAUCGUGAGACAAAUCGUUGGUAUCGGCGGAAAGGAGAAGGAGAGAAUCCCGAGGGGCCUUGCGGAAAUCAACGGACUCGAGAAAAGAUCGCUUCAUCGUUGCGGUGUCCGCCAUUGUACAGCGCUGAACGAGCGACUCGUGCCGCUGUCUCGCCGCCAGUCGGUUCGAACGGUCGCCUCGCGGCCGGUGCGCGCGCGAUCGGAUCGGUUCGGCGGUGGUCGGUGCGAACGCGAAGCAGCCGAGCGGGCAUUCGAGACGCUUCGAGACUCUUCGCCACCUCUUGGCGCGCGCCACGAUCGCGAUCGUGGUAGCAGCAUACGUCGCCCGUCGUGUAUACGUGCGCGUGUCUCGCUCGCCGUGCUCUCUGCCGUCUGGGCUCGUCGCGCGUGACUUUCAACGUUCCGCGCGUUCCUCGUGAGAUUCCGUGUGCUUCUGCGGUCCGGCUAGACGCGAAAACGCGUACAGUAUACACUCGUGCACGCUCCACGCGUCUCUUCGUCUUGCUGUUUCGAGAUCCCUCCUCACACCUUUUCCUCUCUCUCUUGAGCGCGCGUCGAGGGUAAGAGAGAGAGAGAGAGAGAGAGAGAAAAAGAGAGAGAACGCGACAUGUCCUCUCUGAAGGACGAUAAGGCGCCGUGUGCCCGGCUCUGCCACAUCGUCAAGUGGGACGACUUCCCCGGCUACGGUUUCAACCUGCACGCGCAGAAGGGCAAGAGCGGCCAGUUCAUCGGCAAGGUGGACGAUGGCUCGCCGAGCCAGGCGGCCGGUCUGCGUCAGGGCGAUCGUAUAAUCGAGGUGAACGAGAUCGACAUCGCGAACGAGACCCACAAUCAGGUGGUCGAGCGCAUCAAGGCGUUCGCCAACGAGACGAAGUUGCUGGUGGUCGACCAGGAGGCUGACGACUAUUUCAGGGAGAACAACAUCGUCAUCAAGGGCACCAUGGCGAACAUCAAGGUAAUCAAGACACCCGAGAGGAACCCGAACAGCGUGGAACACGAGGACCGCUCGGACGGCAGUAACUGCUCCGUCGACGAGAGCACAACACAAAAGUCCAUCGGCUCCAACGAUUCGACGCACAGCGACAGCACCACCGCGGCGCAGACGACGACGGCGAUGACGACGAGCAGCAACAACAACAGCGGUAACAACGAGAGCAGCAUGCGGGAGAACGGCAACAGUGUGAGGAACAACGAUGUAGACCACGUGCACGGUACGGGUAAUGGCAGCGUGGGCAGCGAGCCCCGGCAGGGUCUGAACUUGAAGAUGAGCGCGAAGGAGCUCAGAGCCCAGCUGGCGGCGCGCAAGAAGUACGAUCCGAAGAAGGAGUCGAUCGGCUUCAAGGACAAAUUCGAUAUCGUGCAGAAACUGUAGACGACAGUACUACCCCCGUCACGAGCGUCUGUCUGUCUGUAACCCGAACGAUUCUUCUCAUUCCUUUCUUCCUCGUCGUCCUUGUCGCCGUGUUAUCAUCGUCAUCGUCGACGUCAUCGUCAUCGAACGCCACGACGAUUGCUCCUCCUCUACGUAAUGUAUCGCACCAUUGCAACCGAUCAAAUUCAUUGCGUUGUGAGAAACGUACGAAAUACACAUACAUACACAUAUAUACACCGCUGCGUGGACUGUCGCGCGGACUUACGUCGUCGUCGAUGCCGAUAUCGUAACGCUCACGCAUUGGAUCUGCAAAGAGAUAGAGGAGGCUGCGGAUUAGAUUAUAGACUUACGGACUAUUACAGGUCGGGAGACCGAGAGAAUGACGAUGUCGUUUGCACGGGUGUAAGUACACAAGCUGUUCACUUUCGGCCUUACCGUCCACACGGAUCUUACGUGUUGCGUAAUUUCAAUUUUUCCAUCCGUGCCGGAAACUACGGCGAAUCACCAGUUAUUAUCAUGUCACAAUGUUUGAUAUAGGAGCUAUGUAAUAAAGGGAUUUUUUCUUUCUUUCUGUUUCAAGAAUUGCGCGCCCUUCGGUUUUAUUGCAAAUCUUUUUUCUGUAACUGCUGUUGCAGCGGCCCAAAACUAUUCAACAUUUUCUCCCGGGGCAACAAUUUAGUUCUGUUUUAGUUUUGAUGCGCUUUUCCUGCUGUAAAUAAUUAGGACAUUUCCCAUACACGUACAUAGGCACACACACACAUGCGCGCGCGCGCGCGCGGUUAAUGAGACAUUAAACCUGGAUCUUUCGACUUGAUCACCCAUAGUGCCGCCACAACUGAGCCCCUAAGCAUCGUCUAUUAAAUUUGGGAGAUCCGUUUGCCGUUUCUUCCCACGACUUUCUCCGGCGAGAAUUUAUCGCUGCGUCCUGAUGUAGUAAUCAUUCCCGAACAUUACGUCGAUCGAGCGGAUUUUUAGGAGCGACAAAAAAAAAAGACAGUCCCGACACAACUCCUCGCGGAAUUCCCGGACCAAUUGGAGAUUCGCCUAGACGUUCGACUUAUAUAAUGCCCAAACCGAGAGACUAUACCGCGCAGGUAAUGAAGCGCGGGGAGUUAAUUCAGCCGUCGUUCGUGUAAAUCAAAGAACACACCAAGUAUCUUUACACGGAAUCUUAACGAAUGUUUAAAAUCUUAAAUAACGCUCCCUCAUCGAAAACUAUCUUACCGUAUUUAAAUAAUUCCGAUAGAUUUUUCGUAAAUAUCCACUCUGAAAAUCUCAGUCUCGAUCCGCGAUGCGAAUGCUAACCGGUUAAUUAACUCGCCGCGAUUUACUGGGUUCUGCUUUCGGGCAAGGCUGUGUGUAAUGGGAUUAACGUGGUUGCCGGGACGCUUUUGAUGUCGACACGCGGGGAAUUUAACGCGCGAGUUCUCUCGAUAAUCUUGCGCGAAGCGUAGAAAAUGUUCGCGCGUGACCCGAGCGCGAGCCCCGACUCGCCGUUGCGAAACGCCGCGUCAAUUUCGACUGCAUUCGGCGAGCUCCUAGUUGUACUCGCGCCUUAAGGACUCGCAAGGACGGACGUUCUUCGCGCGCGCGCGCGUGUGUGUGUGUGUGGGCGCGCGCGUGCGUGCUGCAAUGGGUCUAAGAAGUCGACUGCGUGGCCCAAGGACGGGCGCGUCGAUGUGGGAGAAGAAAGUACAGUGCCGUCGAGCGAAGUCUCUUAAUCUCCUUGUUAUCGAAUUCGGGACGUUCUUGCCGUUGCGCGUGGCAAAAUUAUCGCAACACAACCGGAUCGGCGCAGAAAUCGAACUGAUCUUGCUGACUGUAAAAAUCGAUAAUUCGUUAUAAUUCGUUAUAAAUAAUUGACAUAGUUGCGAAAGUUUUACAAUUUUUCAUACAAUAAUUAAGACAAUUUUGCAGUACUUGAUAAUUUAUCGAAAUUAAGAUUGAAAUAAUAACCGCAAUCGGUGGAUGCAGCAGUUUAAAUAACAUUGUGGCACACAACUCGAUGUACGGCACUGCGAGACCGGCGCGAGUUAGCCGACCGAAUUAAGACAUUUUUCACCGCGUUCCUCGAGUUUAAUCGCGUUUUCAGUGUUUCAAUUAUACGAUAAGAUUAAACAGCGAUUUCAUUCUGAAUGCCAUUUUUGUUUCGAAGGAAAUGUUUAACGUGGUAAUAGAAGAGAUAACUUGAUUCUCAUUUGCCGAUAAGAGGCAUCGGAUAAUCGAUAAAUAUGUUAGUUUAACAUUAGUGAAUCAUUAAUCGGAUUGCUAAAACUCGUCUGAAACAAUUGUCAUUACGGUACACGUUAUCGUCCGGUUGCUUCAGAUGAAAUUAAAAUUUCAGAGCUGCCUCAUUUGCAUUGCAUCACUUGCAAUUAUUAAUACACACAAUGCAGUGCAAUUUUUGUCAAUGCAUUUCCAGUUUACUAGUUUGUGAGAAACUGUAGUUAUUUUUCCAAAAUUACGUUUCGAUAAUGUCGCAAUUUUGAUGAUUUUACACUCACAUUCCGAGAAUUGUAAAAAAAAACGAGAGAGAAAAACGUGAACUUCGGUAUACACAACGCGAGAAAAAGAAGAAGAAGAAGAAGAAGAGAGAGAGAGAGAGAGAGAGAAGACCAAUUUUUGAAGGAAAGAAAAAAUCGCGUACACAGCUUGUCUUCUCCAGGCACGCGUUUUUUCUCGCGUCCCUUCUUCUUUAUAUCAUUCUUCUCGUCUCCACAUUUCUUUUUGUCGUAGCAUCCGGUUAACAACUGCCACGGUCGUUGAUUGCGGCACGCCUCGUGGGAAAACACGCUGACGUCCUUCGAAUUACUUUUAUAUAUAUAUAUAUAUAUCGUUUGACGCAUUCCUUAUUCAUUUAUAUGCGAUGCAACGCGAGAGAACAUCACACGGUAAAGACGCGACGCGAGAGAAGUUGGAGAGAGAGAGAGAGAGAGCGAGAGCGAGCGAGCGAAACUGGCAAUUAACGUCGGCGUGAGUCGACAAUAGAAAAUAUGACGCGAGCGUAAUCUCAAUUGCUUAACAUCGUUGGGAGAACCAAUCGACUUUGAGGCGAUACACCACGACACGUCUGUAAAAUUUACUUUUAACAUCUCACACGAACAUACCUAUCGGGAAAAAUUCCGAACAAGCGACCUAUAAAUAGCAAAGGCGGACUUCCUUGAACGUUACUCAGCGUGCAUAAGAUGGUGGUGAUCUCUGUUCCGAACGGAACGGGAUUAAUUAAACCGCGGCUUCUACGAACGAGUAACGAAUAUUAUCAGAGCGACGAUAAGCGAAUACGGUACAAACAGGUACUCGGCUGAAAUUUAUAACUCGUGCUGUGCCGCGUUCGAUAACCGGCCAAAUGUGUUGCGUAAUCGACAGGAAUGUCGCGCCUACAAUGACGAGACAGAGAGAGAGAAAGAGAGAAGCCGCCUUUCAGGAUUCCACCUUCGCCUGCUCGGUGUAUCGCGUCGAGACUCGCGGAAAAGUUAGGUACAUAACGACUCGUUGCUAAAUAUUACGACGACGCCGUUGCGCAACCUUCAAUUAUUGCCGCUCAUCGUCGUCGCCGUCAUCGUGUUGUCGUCGUUAUACGUUUACCUGUUCGCGCCGAAGCGCGCAGGCGUCGCAUUUUCCCGAGAUAUUGUACCUUUUUCCAUAAAUGCGAGCGAGCGAGCGAACGAACGAAGCUACGUUAUCUGCCGGAUUAGCUCCAGCGAUAUGGAGGUUGGCGUAACUUGCAAUUUUAUCAGGGAGAGGAGGAAGGGAUAUUUUAUUAUGCGCCUAUUGAUACUUGAGGUCACUUCUUAUUGUUGCAUUUCGCAGCACUCCCUGCAACUUCUAAUAUUUUAGAGUGACUUAUGAGAAAGUGCUAAAAUAAAGAGGGAUAAGGAAU